AUGGAGAGUGAUCAAGAAGAGACAUCAGACUUCGACCAGGAAGAGGCGAUGCUCGAAUCCCCAGAAGUUUUUCCAAGCAGAUUCCCAACAGACAAGUAUACUGAUGCCAUCAAGUUUGUCCAAGAUGAGAACUUCAAGGGACGGAUGUCACUCGACGCAUUCCAUACACUGUGGAGUCGUGGCUGCAUCGAAGUUGACAAAUUUCUAGACCCAGACCUCCGGAACGAUAUACACACUGUUUUCGCCCGCGAGAGAUUCCCCCAUCUUAGAGAUGAUGAAUAUGACUAUAUCCGACCAGCUACGACCCUGGCCUCUAGAUUCAUCCUAGAACGAAACUACUUGGGAUUCUGGCUGCGGCUUUGUGCAGGCAGCCCAAGAACUCGAGUAGAUCCCAACAAGAAGGGCGAAGAAGUCUACAUUGGUGAAGUGGAUGGUUUAACGGCCAUGAAGACGACGGAAGCACUAAAAGAGAUUGCUCAGCACAUCACAUGGUUCAACAUAGACAGUCAGUGGUCGAAGCGCGACCCACGUCGAGUUGCUGAGGUAUUCAUGGACGCCGAUUAUCAGAAAUGUCAACGAUACAAGCUUUUUCACGAUGGAGAUUCGUGCGGAAGUUGCAGCUAUUGUCAUUCCCGAAACCGUGGCUUGUGCUGCAUCUGCGGAUUCCGUCAGUACCGGGAAUAUGGAAAAGAUGAACUGCGAAACGUACAUAAAGCUCGUGGGCUGACUGGAUAUGGCAGAAUGUCAAAACGAGAACUCAUUGACGCUCUUGAGGCAGAUGAUGAUAAUGCUGCCCUGGCUCCGAAUCCAGCACCAUCUAGUAAUGCCGUGGACAUCAAAGUGCCUCGCACAAGAUUUCACGAUAUCAGAGUAGGUUUGCAUGAAGACAUGGUCAAACACAUACGAGACCCAAAGCGCGACACAUGGACUAGAUGCGAAAAACUGCGGUUCCAGUCCGGUCUGGCAGCAACACUAGUACACGAGCUUGCUCAUCCAUUCUGGUACUUUGCUCAAAAGCGCUGCUGGAGCUGCUUCAACCCCGACCCGCGGCUCUCAGAAACGGAGCCACGGCAUCAAAAUGAUCCCGAAAUAGGUGUCUCGUGGGAAUACUGGGCGUUUGGAAUGCGAACGCCUGACGCAGGCAGGGAUCAGAAGCUCACGAAUGAAGCGAUUCCGAAUAUAUUCCAGCGACAUCAAUGGAAUUACUCAUACUCAACUUUAGAAGCUGGCCAAAGCAACGCUUCGCUUGAUCUUGUGCAACACAACUUUGUUAUACCGUUCGGGUAUAUCCAUAGCUGGUUUCAAGAGUCAACCUGGCGGUCGAUUGCUUCAAAAGGAACUCGCGCCUGUACUAUUGAGCCGUACCGAUACGCUGAGCUAGUUGAGAAUGGUGGUUUACGGUCGAAAGCACGGCGAGCGUGGAUGUAUGGUGAGCGAUUUGCGACUGCGAAGCAAGCUGAUAGACGUCUCAGACAGCUGCUAACAGACCACAAUAACCGAAAGAAAGCAAUAGCUAAAACAUCAUCUGAAGCAAACCCGAAGUUGAAAGCGGGAAGAAAGUCAUGGGUAAUGAAGAUGCUGAAAGGGAGCAAGGGAGAAGAUGAGCCUGUAGAAAAAUAG